GCACAUGUGCUUUGCUUAGGAAGACAAGAUGGCGGACAAGCUUAAGGAUUUUAUGGGAAGGUUUUCUAAAGGUCCUAGCGGACUUUCCACCGGUUUAAAGUUAUUAGUGGCUGCCGGUGGAUUGGCUUACGGCGUUACUCAAUCUGUGUACACGGUUGAAGGUGGUCAUAGAUCCAUUAUCUUUAGUCGUAUCGGAGGUGUUCAAAAUGAAGUUUAUGCUGAAGGAUUACAUUUUAGAAUUCCUUGGUUUCAGUAUCCCAUUAUAUAUGAUAUUAGAGCAAGACCUAGGAAAUUAUCUUCUCCGACUGGAAGCAAAGAUUUACAAAUGGUUAAUAUCUCUCUUCGAGUUUUGCAACGACCUGAUUCAGCCAUGCUGCCCCUUAUCUAUAAAAUGUUAGGAACCGAUUACGACGAGCGUGUGUUGCCUUCAAUAUGCAAUGAGGUUUUAAAGAGUGUUGUAGCUAAGUUUAAUGCAUCUCAGCUGAUAACACAACGACAACAAGUAUCUCUAUUGGUCAGAAAAGAAUUGACAGAUAGAGCACGAGAUUUCAAUAUUAUUCUCGACGAUGUUUCAAUUACUGAAUUGAGCUUUGGAAAAGAGUACACUGCAGCAGUUGAAGCAAAGCAGGUUGCCCAACAAGAAGCUCAGCGAGCCGCUUUCGUAGUAGAGCAAGCCAAGCAGGAACGACAACAGAAAAUCGUGCAGGCGGAAGGUGAAGCCGAGUCUGCAAAAAUGUUAGGAGAUGCCAUUGCCGCUAACCCGGGAUACUUGAAACUUCGGAAAAUUAGAGCCGCACAGAACGUGGCAAGAACGAUUGCCGCUUCGCAGAAUAGAGUGUAUUUGAAUGCGGGAUCGUUGAUGCUGAAUAUUGCCGAUAAAGAUUUUGAUAUAGUUAGCACCGACAUUCUCCCGGGAAAGAAGAAAUGAAGUUAGAAUUUUUUACAUACUUUAAGCAAAAUAUUACAAAUUAUAUGGGAAUUUACAUUAUGUAUAAAGGCAGGCCGAAGGUAUGAGUUGUAUGAAACCUAAACUUGUCUCGAUAUGCAGAAAUUUAGUUUAAAAAUUAGCAAAUACAAAUAAACCAUUUUUCAAUAAAACUA